UGAGUGAAGCAGCCCUGAUGACCAGUCCGGAGAUUUCACCCCAUCCCUGAGCGCGCGCAGACAAACAAACAAACAAAAAAAUAAUUUCUCCACUCCACAUCCAGAGAUUCUUCUCGUGCAGCUGUUCGGAUUCAUACAUUCACUGAUGGCUUUGUGGUUGAAGACUCCGAGUUCUCAUCUUCGUCCCGCUGUUCGUAGUUGAAUUGAAUUAAAUCCAGGACGAUCUACAGACUGCACCUCACAGACACAGGAACAAUUUUACUGACGUGUCCUGCUGUCGUGCAGACACACUCACGCUCUCGAACUCAGGGGAGGAAUGAAGAACGCCAAAUCUGAAGAUAGGAUGUCUUCCAAGCGACCAGCCUCUCCAUAUGGGGGAACAGAUGGAGAGGUAGUCAUGGCGACGAGCAGACAGCGAUUGGACGAUGACGAGGUUGAUGGACACGCUGUCAUUCACCUGCCCCUCAGCUCGUAUUGCAGCUCACCGCGUGCCCCAGAAAGCCCCCCCACACUACACAGCAGCAUGGAGCAGGAGAGCAGCAAAGGCCUGGCAUUGAGCCCGUACCCCCAGCACAACUCUUCUACCUCACCCAGUAAACAGCAGCAGCAGCAGGACGAGGGCUCGGGUUCGGCCACGGCUCUGGGAACGCCCGAGAGGCGCAAGGGCAGCCUUGCCGAUGUGGUGGACACUCUGAAGCAGCGCAAGAUGGAGGAGCUGAUCAAGAGCGAGCCUGAGGAGGCCCCAAGCAUUGAGAGGCUUCUGUCCAAGGAUUGGAAGGACAAGCUGCUGGCGAUGGGCUCCGGUCACUUCGGAGAGAUCAAAGGUACCCCGGACAGCCUGGCGGAGAAGGAGAGGCAGCUGAUGGGGAUGAUCAGCCAGCUGAGCAGCCUGAGGGAGCAGCUGUUAGCCGCCCACGAGGAGCAGAAGAAGCUGGCCGCCUCGCAGAUCGAGAAACAGAGACAGCAGAUGGAGCUGGCCAAGCAGCAGCAAGACCAGAUCGCUCGACAACAGCAGCAGCUCCUGCAGCAACAGCACAAAAUCAACCUCCUGCAGCAACAGAUCCAGCAGGUCCAGGGUCAGCUGCCACCUCUGAUGAUUCCUGUUUUCCCUCCAGAUCAGAGGACUCUGGCAGCAGCCGCAGCCCAGCAAGGAUUCCUUCUGCCCCCAGGCUUCAACUACAAACCCGGCUGCAAUGACCCAUACCCCCUUCAACUCAUCCCAACAACCAUGGCAGCUGCUGCAGCUGCCACACCAGGCCUUGGACCUCUUCAGCUUCAGCAGCUGUAUGCAGCUCAGUUGGCAGCCAUGCAGGUAUCUCCAGGGUCCAAGCACAGCGCCGUGCCCCAGACCAACCUGGCAGGGACGCAUUCUCCAACUAGAGGCCAUAGCGAGAAGAGCAGGAGCAGCCCAACACCCAAGGUUAAGGACGAGGGCGCUCAGCCCCUGAAUCUGUCAUCCAAGCCUAAGACAUCCGAGAGCAAGUCACCCACCUCCCCCGCUUCCCCACAGGUCCCUGCCAUGAAGCUGGGUCCCGGAUCCUUGAAGCACAGCGCCCCCUCAAGCAUCGGAGGACCUCCGGCCCGAGUCAGCUCCAUAGACCUGCUGUCGUCUAUCACCUCUGGAGGUUACCUGAAUGACCACGAAGCCGUGAGCAAGGCCUUCCAGGAGGCGCGGCAGAUGAAGGAGCAGCUGAAGAGAGAGCAGCAGGUUCUCGAUGCCAAAGUGGCAGCAGUGAACAGCCUCACCCUCAACAACGGACGCUUAGAGAAGGAGAAAGCCGCACUCGAAAGCCUGAGUCAGCAGAUGAAGCAGUCUGAGGAGAACAAGUUCACCCACGCCAUGAUGGACUUCGGGAUGAGCGGCGACUCGGACGGAAGCCCCAGCGUGUCAGAUUCGAGGAUUUUCCGCGAGGCUCGGGGUCGAGGUAACGGUGAACCGCACAUCAAGAGGCCCAUGAACGCCUUCAUGGUUUGGGCGAAAGACGAGAGGAGGAAAAUCCUGCAGGCUUUUCCCGACAUGCACAACUCCAACAUCAGCAAAAUCCUCGGUUCUCGCUGGAAGGCCAUGACUAAUCUGGAGAAGCAGCCGUACUACGAGGAGCAGGCGCGUCUCAGUAAGCAGCACCUGGAGAAAUACCCCGACUACAAGUACAAGCCCCGGCCCAAACGCACCUGCCUGGUGGACGGCAAGAAGCUGCGCAUCGGCGAGUACAAGGCCAUCAUGCGCAGCCGCAGACAGGAGAUGCGACAGUACUUCACUGUGGGGCAGCAGGCCCAGAUGCCGCUCUCCUCAGGGGGCGUGGUCUACCCGGGCGCUCUCUCCAUGGCGGGAAUGCCGUCCCCCCAGAUGCCGUCCGAGCACUCGAGCAUGUCCAGCAGUCCGGAACCGGCUCCGCCCACCGGCCCGCCCUCGUACCUCAGUAUCAGCAAGGGGGACGAGCCUCGCAUCAAGGAGGAGGUUUUGCGGAUGGACGAGAGCAACGGCGACGCCUACGACGACUUCGAUUACGAGGACGACGACGGAGACUUUGGCAGCGACAGCGAAAACCACGUCGUGCAGUAAACCUGAAAAGAAACAUUUGGAGCUGAUCCCUUUUUUUUUUUAUUUGUUUGACCCCACCUCUAUCCCAUUAUCCAAUCAGGACUCGGAAUGAGCCACGCCCACAUCCCCACCCCUCCUUUUUUUUUUGCCUCACCUUUUAUUCUUCCCUGAUACCAGCAGCAGUAAAGCACAGGACGUAUCAGAGUAACUGUUACACUAAAACGAGAACGUCGGAUGCCACGUCAUGUCACGUCAAAAACUCGAGUAAGCUACAGGAAGUGAGAUAUGAUAUAUGAUAAAAAAAAAACGUUCACACGUACACAUGGAAAAAAAAAAAAAAACAUUCUAAUUACAAAAAAAGCAGGACCUGUUAAUGGUCCUGUCACUUUAAAAACCGGACCUGCUCGUCUAAGAAGAGACUUCUUUCCUUUUUUUCUGGGUUCUUUAAUAUUCUCACUCAGGUACACGGUGCCAACAAGUGGCUUGUGAAUGUGAUUUGAUGUUUUUUUUCGUGCUACAGUUUUAAUAGAGAUAAAAAAAAGGAGAAAAAAAAAAAAAGAUUUUUAUUUUCUUGGUUUUGACGUAAAAAAAAAUGCACCAGACAGUUUCCUAAUUUUUUUAUUUUUUAUUUCCUGCUUGUGUUAGGUGUAUCGCUGAAUCCUGUAUCACACACACAUCAAUAUACAUGUAACACACUUACGUCCAGGGGGUGGGGGGGGAGGCCUGUAUUUCGCUCCCAUACGCUUUUUUUUUUUUUUUGGCACUUAUGAAAUCCAGUGACCCGGAUGUACUGUUUGGAUUUCACACACACACACACACACACACACACACACCAACACUCAUACACACAUUUCCAUCCAGAAAACAGGCCUAAUCCAAGGCAGCAGGAUGGGAAUGAAAGCAGCAUGUUCCUGUAAGAACGCAAAAAAAAAAAAGCUGCAAAAUUGAGAUCCAGCCUCCCUGCUCCGUCUCGGCCCCUCGGUUCUCUUUCUAAACAGACUGUUUUUGCCAUUAAGGAGAACUCCGGGCCUCACGGUUCCAAGAGAAACAGAGAUAGAGAACAUGCGAGAGGAAAAAUCUCUGUAGACUAGAGUUUGGCGCUAAACAAAAGAGAGAGAGAGAGAGAGAGAGAGAGAGAGAGAGAGAGAGAGUGGAGGGGUUUUACAGCCACCCACACUAUGCUUAAUGUUGGAAACCUCCAGAGCAAUGAGGAACUCUUUGUGUAUGUGCUUGAAAGUGUGUAUGUGAGUGUGUGAGUAAGUGAGGGUGUGUGUGUGUCAUUAAUGUCCAUUCAAUUAUCCAUUCACCGCCCUUACCCACAAUACUCCUCUCAUCACUUCACCUCCUGUUGCUCCUUACAAGGGCCGUGUUGCCAUAGCAACGCUUUGAUCGACAGCUAGCCCAUACGCAAAACGCCCCGCCCACUCGCUUCCCAUCUCUUCGCCACCAUCAUUUCCUCUGCUCCUCUCCUCUCCCCUCUCCAUGGUUCUGAAAUCCGAUCUCACAGUUUUCCUGUUACGCCUAGCCCCGCCCCCUUUUUUAAAUCAUUUUUGAAAGCAAGGUACUAACGCAGAAAGGUUCGAGUUCUCGUAUCAUGUUUCACGCAUGUUUUUUUCUCUCUCUGCUGAUUUUGUAUUUUAUUUCGUCACCCUGCUGUCGAGAUCUGGGCCGUCCUGGAGGACGAGCGGCUCGGAGUUUUUCACACUCUGCAUGUCUGUCGAAUAGUUUUAUUUUGUAUUUGAAUACUGUAUUUUAAUUUUUUAUAUAUAAACCUAUAUAAAUAUAUUCAGACUGCCUCUAGUGUAAAAAAUUAUAAUAUUAUUAACAAUAAUUAUGAUGGUCAGCUUGUUUUUUUUUUUUUUUUUUUAAGUUUUGUACAGUAUAAUUUAUUUUUCACCUCGUCUUAUACUUUUUUUUUUAUUAUUAUAAUUUCCCUGAUAAAAAUGCUUUAUAAAGCGUUAUUAUAUUUAGCUGGUAGGUGUUUAGAUCUAAUUACUCUGUGCUUUAUCUUUUUAUUUUGAUUUUUGAUUUGAUUAAUGUCCAGUUGAUUAAUCGCAGGUUUCUCUCAGAAAUGAUCACAAACGAACUGCUGAAAUGAAGGAAUAUUCGUUUUCUUUUUUUCCCCCCAUCAUUCAUGAACUCCUGAAACCGGGUUCUGAAAGCACUAGGACUCUGGAUAAUCAGAGAAAGGAUAAAAAAAAAAAAAAGAGAACAUCACUUUUUGUCGUUGUUGUUUUUUUUUUUUUUUUAUUAAUAUUAUUAUUAAUUCUAAUGGUUUUAUGUACAAUGUGAAGUUUUCUAUCUCUUUUAUUCCUUUUUGUUUUAUCAAGACGAUUUUAUUCAACCCUGAUAUCAGUGAAGACGACAUUCGGACAUGUUGGAAAAAAAAAUCUUUUGCUAAAAAUAUGACGUUUGUUGUUUCUGCAAUUCUAUACAAAAAAAAAUUUAACAUUUUGAAGAAGCUCAGUUCAGGACACCAUGAUGGAUUUUGUUUACGCUCCACAUUGUGUUUGAAAUGUUUCCAUCCUGCUGUGUUUUUUUUUUUUUUUUUUUUUUUCGAUCACAAUCAGGGCCCUUUACAAUCAUCCAUAAAAUGAAGGACAGGGUCUAAAGCUGUCAAUCAUUUAUUAUAUUUAAAGCAUGACAUUUUUGCUAUGAAUAAUAAUAAAUAAGACAAUCAAAGUCAUGGGUGGAGCUCAAAACAAACAUAAAAAUUAAAUGUAAAACACACACACACACACACACACACACACACACACACACACACACACACACACACACGAAUUCUUAAACAAUUCCUACCAUCUCAACUUGAAAAAUCGCUAAAAGAUAAUUAUGUAAAUAUAACAUAGAGGUAUAGAUUUAUAUUUUGUUCAUAACACAGUGUAAUAUAAGUUGUAUAUUUCUUUUUCCCCUUUUAUUGAUGUUAUUCAUGCCACAUUUAAAAAAGAGAGUUAAUAUACUCUUCUUAAAAAAAACAAAACUAAAAAAAAAGCUGUGGGUUGCCACACCAUCUGUUCUGAGUUGACGUUUUUCAGUAUUAUUGCCGGUUUAGGCUCUAAUAAAGACAGCAAUGUGUUCUGUA